AUGGGCAACUUUAGCUGUGUCCCGCAGCCCCACCGACAGUUUAGAUAUUCAUUCAACAGGAAAAGCUCAAUCAAGGGGAAAGAGCAUGACAGCAGAAGUAAAUGGACAUAUUUGUUUGGAAAUGAAAGUGGAGAUGGGAGAGGGACAAAUUCGGACAACAUUUUGCAUUACAUCCCAAGAAAGGACUUUGGAUCUCCAGAAAUAUUGCCUAAGGACAGUGUGGAUCAGAGAUUCCUCAGUAUCUUCCGUAAAGUAAGGAAAAAAACCAUUGUUAGGAACAUGGGACAAAUGAUUCACUACUCUAAGGUCAAAUUCCGGUUUCAACACAGCCAGGAUGUUAGUGACUGCUACUUGGAGAUGUUCCAGUCCCACCUGUAUUUCCAGUCUCGUGGCCCUACUGGAUUAACCUAUCAGGGAUUGGUGCCCUUGAAGGAUCUAAGCAUUUAUAAACUUGAACAUUCCAAAACGCCAUCUAAUCAAGUGGAGGAACAUGCCUUCUGGAUCACAGGGCACUUGCUAAAUCCGCUUAUUGUUUAUUGUCCAAGCCAACAAGAAUUGCAGAAGUGGCUUUACCAUCUGGAAAAACAAAUUCAGUUGAAUGGUGGUAACUUGGAUAUGCUAUCCACAUCUGAGGGGAACAAAGAAACAAAUUGGGAUAAAUAUGAGCUCAGGAGGUCUGUGCAAAGUCAACCCGUUGCAGACUGGGAGGGAAAACAAAGGGAAUCUUUGGGAUCCAUCAAUUAUAUAUCCAAAGUCAAAGUGCAGCACCUGCCUUUCUAGGAACUGCAUGAGAGAUUAUUGGUCCUCUACUCAUCCAGUCUGGUAAUACUUUCUGAGGAGAGGAAACAGCUUUUCUUUAAGGGGGAGCUUCCACUAAAAGCUGUUCGAGUAAUUUCAGAAGAGUUGGAGAAACAGAAAAAAUCAUUCCUAAUUGAAGGAAGAUACAUCAACACAAUCCGUGUGAUUUGCAUCACUCAACAGGAUUACGAGGAAUGGAUAGAUCAUCUGAAACUAGCCCAGCUACAAAACUGA